AUGGCGUCCACCAUCGUCACUGCCUACGAGCAGCUGCUCCUGGAUAACGUACAGACAGUACAGACAGUAGAGUCCGCCAUCCGAAACGUCACAUGGUUCCUCCCCGGCCGCUUCGCAGACGGCGACAUUGCGUCCGAAGGCCUCUAUGCCCUCCUCUCCGUCGUGUCCAGCGUCCACGAUGCCCUCCUCGAGAAGCGUAUCCCGCCCGCCCUCUCCCUCCCGCCUCACCCCUUUGCGGCGCCGGCCGAUACCGACGCAAAGUCCCCGGGUGCCGGUAGCGCAACCCCACGCACCAUCCCGCUCCUCCCAGCCGCCAGCGAGCACGCCCGCUACACGCGGUACUGGACCGACCGCUCCCCGGCAUACAAGCGCGCCUCACGCGCACUCGUGACCAUCACCUAUGUCGAGCUGCUGCUCGAGAUGCUGGCCAAGAAGCGCGGCAGCGACCGCAUCCGGUGGAAGGUCGUGCUCGGUCUUGAAGGGUUCAAGACGUUCCUCCGCCUCAUGCUGCUCACCAUUACUCGUCGACCCAUCGUGUGGCCGCCCACACCCCAGCGCGAGUACGACGUCUCGCUCAUCCCGCAGAAGGAGCUGCUCGCGCACAACGGCAAGCCCGUGCCAAAGGCGGCAGACCACAAGGGGAAGGCGCCCGUCGCCCGCCCCGUCGUCCCAGCCGUCGCGCGUGCUCCCCUCCGCACACACCUGUAUCCCCUCGCUCUGGCCUUGCCGCAAGAGUAUCUCGCACACCCCCUCAGCUUGGUUCCCGAGUUCGAGUCGGCCGGUGAGGUCACUGCCGAGCUUCUUUCCGCGACGGCCGUCCUCGUUCAGGUCAUCCUCCUCAUGCGCCAGUCGACAUCGCCGGCAGCGUCACGUUUCCGCCGCUCGUCCCUGCCGACUCUGUCGCGGUCGCUCACGCCCUUCUUCGUGCCCCUCUUGCUCCAACUCGUCGCCCGCCGUCUGCGCGCUCCGGCCCGCGACUCGACACUCCUCGCCGAACACUAUGCCCAGGUGGACCGUCGCUUGGCGUCUCGCUUCUUCCUGCAGGGCCCGAUGUGGAUUGGAUGGACGCGGCCCAAGAUUGUGUCGUUCAUCCAGGCGCUCGAGCGUAUUCCGCUCAUUGGUCUUGCGGGCGAGCUGGUUGCCGGAUACCUGCCUCUGGUGGACGAUUACUUUUACACCGUCACGUAA